AUGAGUUCACAACGCAGCAUCGGGGCAUCUUCCAAUGGAAAAACACUCGUCGACUCAUUCAAAGACGCGUUAUCGCGCAGAGAGGCCAAAUCUGCACGUCGCAGACUGACAAUCCUACCACAAACGGCAGUCGACUUCUCAUCCAAUGAUUUUCUCUCACUCUCCACAGCCCCAGCAUACCGCAAUCGGUACCUGGCGCACGUGAACAACACGCCUGAAUUCUUCCCAUUCGCCAGCGGAGGAUCGCGAUUGCUAGAUGGCAACUCAGCUUAUGCAGAGGAAUUGGAGCGUUUCGUGGCCGAUUUUCAUGAAGCGCCCGCGGCGCUUCUAUUCAAUUCCGGCUAUGAUGCGAAUAUUGGCAUUUUGUCUAGUAUUCCGCAGCCAGGUGAUUUGAUCUUAUAUGAUGAGCUUAUUCAUGCUAGUUCACAUGAGGGUAUGCGUCUCUCUCGGGCUGGACAACGGGAGAUGUUUCUGCAUAGCUGUCCUGUCAGCUUGAGGGAGGUUCUUGAAGCGCAAAUCGAACAGGAUCCCAAAGUGAAGGAUGGGUCGCGGAAUGUCUUUGUGGUUAUUGAGUCUAUCUAUAGUAUGGAUGGAGAUGUGGCUCCCAUUAAGGAGUUUCUUGAUGUUGUGGAUGAGCUUCUCCCUUUGGGGAAUGGGUAUUUUAUUGUUGAUGAGGCACAUGCGACUGGUGUUUGUGGACCAAAGGGCGCCGGUGUGGUUCAGGCACUGGGAGUCCAGGAUCGCAUUUUCAUUCGCGUUCACACUUUUGGCAAAGCUUUGGCUAGUCAUGGUGCGAUGGUACUGUGCGGCCCAGAAACAAGAGACUAUUUGAUAAAUUAUGCUCGAAGCCUGAUUUAUACCACGGCCCUCGGGUUUCCCUUCCUUGCCUCGAUUAGAACGGCCUAUGAGCUUCUGUCCUCUGGAGAGACAGAAUCGUUGCAAGACCGAGUUCAAAAACUGAUCGGACAUCUCCAUAAGUCUUUGGCAUCGCUACAGAUUCGCCAGUCGGUCAUGUUCGAAGUGGAUCAUUUCCCGACAUCUCCCAUCUUUUCGCUUCGAACAUCCCAACCCCGUGAAUUAGCAAGCUUUUGUCAGAAAGCGGGAUUUAUCGUUCGGGCUAUAAUGCCUCCCACGAUUCCCGAUGGCAAGGAGCGUGUGCGUGUUUGUCUGCAUGCUGGCAAUACCGAAGAAGAGGUCGAAGGACUGGUACAAACGAUCCAGUCGUGGUUGGAUAUAGCUCCGGCUCAAAGGGGAACAAAAUUAUGA